AUGUUCGUUUCAUGUUCGAUCAGCCAAAUUGGCUCCCCUCAUGAGGAGGCCAAAGUGCCUCUUAAAAUCAGUUUGGAGGGCCGUGCUGCUUGUGGUGGGCUUUGCGCCGCUGCGACGUCCGCAAUGACCCACCAGAUGGGUGACAAGUUUGAGGACCUGAAGAAGGAUAUCUUGCAGGAUGCGGCAGCCAUGAGCAGGUCCCCAUUCUUGCUGAUGCUGCCAGUCCUUGGCACGACGAAACUGGAUGCUCAAAGCUUCCGAGAUCGCGCCGGGGGUGCAUGGAGCACGAUUGGUGUGAUUGCCGCGCUUAUCGUCACCAUGUGCAACUACACAGACAUCGUGGAGUGCGAUGACUACACGGUGUCCUUGUUUCGAAGCGCAUCCGUCUGCAACUGCCUGCAUCCCAUCCUGUCCUUCGUGGCCAUGCUAUCUUGCACGGUGUCAGCGAUCAUGUCAACGAUUUUGUACAUGAUGAUUGGCUUCGUCCCGGAUGAGCACAUUCGCGAGUGGGCGCAAGGCAUCUCCUGGAUUGUUGAAGCUCCAACGUUUAGCUUCAUCGCGGGCGCAGUUGCCUGGGCCCUGGAUAUCCUCCUCCAAGGUAUCGUCAAGCACGGACAAGUGGGCCUCGCGCUCGGCGGGUGCAUGGUUGUGGUGGGCUUAGCCGUGGUGGCGACGUACCUGAAGAUCAAGACGAUCACCAAUCAGCUGCUGCUCCGGGCGUAUGCUGAGACGCAGUGA